AUGAAUUUUCCUAAUUCCCAUCGACCUCCUCCCCCGAUGAGCACCGAAGACUAUGACCACGAAAUCAAGCUGAUUGACCGUUCAACCUCUACUUGGCCAUUUCAACCACAGAGCACACCCGGAUUAGAACAAAUAGGUGAAUUAUCGAUUAAUCCAUCAAGUAAUCUUAGUAACCCACCGCACCACUCGCCAUUUAAUCUGCGGGAGAAACUCACUCGCUGGAAAUUUGGCAGAUAUCAAGAUCGAGAUUCGGAUUCAUCACAGAAUAUUUCACCAGGAGACCCAGGAACAACACGUCCGGUAGACAUAGAAGAAGAUGAGGAGGCCCGAAAUCAGGACCUUCGCAAGGGAAGGCCGAGGGCACAGAGCUCUCGUGAAAGGUUAGAAUCUGCCAUAGAUGUCCUUUAUGAAAACCAAAGAGGUUGCUUUUUAUGUGGAAUACCAUUAUUUUCAUCCCGGGCGCUUGGAAAUCUUGAUCCAGUCCCUUGGACAAACGUUGCUCAGAAGUCUAGUGCGACCAAUAUUACUAACGCGCAACCCCCCGAUCCUUCCUGGGAAUGGGCAUGGAAAGAAUGGUCGAUCUAUCACACUGAAGGUAUUAAUGAAGAUGGCUGGGUAUAUUCUUUCGCUUUUCAUGGAAAGUUCUCAUGGCACAAAGCUAGGUGGUGGAAUUCAUUUGUUAGAAAGCGAGCCUGGAUCAGAAAAAGAUUCCAUAAGAGAAUUGGAUAUGAAUGCAACGAUUCACUAGUGGCUCAUCCCGAAUACUUUACUAUCUGCACUAGUCAUGGCUUACUUGGAGAGGAGCUUUAUAACGAUACUACGACGCCAAGUAGGGGAAAAAUAGGAUACGAUUUCAAGACCGGGAAUAUCUAUGAAUUCGGAGUCUUGAUGAAAAUUUUACGAUCAGCUCGGAUAGACAGAGAGAAAAUAGAGGCGGUUAAGAAUUUUAUUGAAAAUGGGGAGCAACAAGAAACUUUAUACCUCGAGAAAAACUUCCAAAAUGUCAUGCAAAUGUUUGUAUUCCAAGCAUCGAGGCGUAUUCUCUUUGCACAUUUACUGAAAAUCUUAAAAAAUACUCCUGUCAAGCAGGAAGAAGCAACUAGUGAAGAAUAUUAUAAUAAAAAAAGUUUAGAGCAAUCGGAGUCUCUUCUAUUAGCUGCUCAUCACGAGCUUAAAAAGUUUGAGUUUUGGAGGUAUCAUGAAGAGAUAACUAAAAAUGAAGUGGCGGGAUCGGCAACCAGUUUGAGCAAGGAGCUCAGGGAAGGAUGGUAG